UACAACAAAAAAUGAGUCACCUCCCCUUGCUAUGUGUUGGUGCAUACUUAAUCAUGUUUGCGUUUGGAUCGGAUGUAAUUAAUGUGGUAGAGGUCAAGACUCCCUCUGGCUGGGUCAGAGGAUACGAAGAACUCUACGACGAAGGGCAAGUGAACAGAUUUGUAAAAAUUCCUUAUGCGCAGCCUCCAUUAGGUGAUCUACGUUUUCAGAAACCAAAACCUAUUGAAGAAUGGGAAGGAGUCGAAGGAAUUCGAGAUGUAAAUGCUCCACAGUGCACUCAAGUAAUAUUCCCAUUACCAGGUUUUGAUUCGUUGGAAAACGACGAAGAUUGUCUUUACCUCAAUAUAUAUGUACCUGGAAAAAUUACUACGGACAAAAAUCUGUCUGUGAUGGUUUGGAUUCAUGGCGGAGGGUUUAUGAUUGGUGGAGCUAGUCAGUACAAACCUCAGAAGCUAGUUCUAGGAGGUGACGUAAUCGUUGUUACCUUUAACUAUAGAUUAGGUCUACUUGGGUUUCUAACAUUGCAUGACCCUCUUGCACCUGGAAAUUACGGACUUUGGGAUCAGAUCGAGGCUUUACGAUGGGUCCAGAAUAAUAUUGCAGCCUUUGGUGGAAAUCCUAAAUCCGUUACUAUAUUUGGAGAGUCAGCGGGUGGCAUGAGCGUGAGUCUCCAGACAUUGAUCCCAUCAAACGAAGGACUUUUUCAUAGAGCCAUUUCCCAAAGUGGAGUAGUAUCGUUCUUUUCUCUUUCAAGGAGACGAGAAGAAAAACAAACCAAUGAAUUGUUGCUUAAAAAUACGAACUGCACAAGUAAGGAGGAUAUUGCAGAAACUUUGAGAUGUCUGCGAGGUGUACCGGCAGAAAAUUUAACAGCAGCAGUGCCUAUGAUGGAAUUUGAGAAAUUUAAUAUGAGUUUUGAAUUAGGAAGUUUGGUUCCAUCAGUUGAUGGCGAUUUGAUCAAAGAAAAUUUGGCAUAUCCAAAGUCUUGGGACGACGAGGUUUAUCGCUUUUUCCGAAGUAUCGAUUACAUGUCGGGAACACUAGAUGCCGAAGGGAAUUCGUUGCCUUUAAUGUUAUCUGAAGAGACUCAAGAUCACUUCAAAUUCAACGCAUCAGAACGAGUUCCUGUAAGCGUUUUAUGUGAAAUGUUUGCACCAACGUUUGUUACUACAGCUGCGGGUAAUAUUCCGGAACUAACUCGGGAAAUAUGCGAGUUUUACACUACCUCUGAGGGUGACAAUGAGCAGAGUAUGAGAGUUGCCGACUUCCAUGGCGAUUCAAUGUUCAUCGUACCUAGCAACAUUAUCUUAGAAAUUCAUGCAAAAAACAAUGAUAAAGCUAAAACAUUCCAAUACUUAGUCACAAAACAAUCUCCUUUUCCUUUCAUCCCAGAACUACCAGACUGGUAUAAAGGGGCAGGGCAUGGCGAAGAAUUGCAUUUAAUGUUUAACGUGACUUCCGAUCAUGUACCAGAGGAGAUACUGAAAAAACAAGACUUAGAGUCUGUAGAGAAGUUGUCUAAAGAUGUCGUUAAGUAUUGGACUAACUUUGCCAAGUAUGGUGAUCCAAAUUCAGAAGACCUUCCAAAGUGGCCCACCUUUGAUACUGCCACCAAAAAAUACGCUAUUCUAGACACUCCAGUAACAGAAGGAGAAAAUCUCAAACCUGAUGCCACAGAUCUAUUAAGGAAAGUAAUUGAGAAAGGGCGACCUAAUGCCAUGCAUGACGAAUUAUAGCAACAUUCAAAGGACCAUUCCUGUAAAUUCUCGAUCAGCUCCAACUAAUGUUUUAAAAAUCUUUAUGUUUGUCAUGUAAAUUCGUACGGAAGCCGGUAGGUGCCAGGUAGAAAAAUAUUUUAUCUGGCGGCCGCCACAUUUAUCUGGCGGUCGCCAGUUAACCUUCU